AUGGCUCGGAGACAUCGUUUUGAUGGCUUAGUGCGGGAAAGAAGCACAGGGAAUCUGGAAGAAGGACGAAGUGUGACGAAUGCAUCUCGGGAGUUUAGUAUUGCUGACACCAUCGUUUCUCGUGUAUUAGAAGUUUUCCGAACAACAGACACGGCUGCUCGAAUGGGAAGAGUUGGUUGGCCACGGACUUUACAAAUAAAAAUUAUAUCAAUUCUAAUAAAAACUACUCCUUCAAAAUUUACUUCGACGAUACUUAUGUACGUUUACCAAUGA